CCGUAUCUUUGGCAGCAGAUCAGCCUCCGGAGGGCGCAGUAUCGUCUCAUUAGCGGCUGCUGGAUGUUGUUUUGUGCAGUGAGACAAUCCGACUGAAUGGCGGAGAGACACUUCAGCAUGGCAGAAAACGUCGAAAUCCACGAAAACCCUCCUGUUUUAGAUUAAAGGUGGGCCGGCAGGAUGGGGGAAGGACCUGCUGUCAGGGUUUCGGCUGCCAUCACGCCCAUGCAGCAGAUGCUGGCAUCUGGCACUGGAGCUGUACUAACAUCCCUUUUUGUCACACCAUUGGAUGUGGUGAAGAUCAGACUUCAAGCCCAACAAACUCCCCUCUAUCAAGCCCUAGCAGCAGAAUCAAGGCCCUGGACUGGGGUCAUCCGGCCUUCAAAAUGGAAAUGUUUUCUCUAUUGUAACGGCUUGAUGGACCACAUCUAUGUAUGUCAGAAUGUUUCAACCUGUGCCAGCUGGUACAAAAACCCCACCCACUUCAGCGGCACUGUGGAUGCAUUUGUGAAGAUCACACGUCAUGAGGGGCUCAGGUCUCUGUGGAGCGGACUUCCCCCCACAAUGGUGAUGGCAGUACCAGCCACAGUCAUCUACUUCACUUGUUACGACCAAUUGAGAGACUUCCUGCGUUAUGGCAUGGGCUAUCAGGGGGAUCACAUCCCUCUCAUAGCAGGAGGGCUAGCCAGAUUGGGAGCGGUGUCCGUGAUCAACCCUCUGGAGUUGGUACGCACAAAGAUGCAGUCACGCAGGCUACCUUACAGUGAGCUGAUGGUGUGUAUCCGCUCGGCUGUGGCUCAGGAUGGCUGGCUGUCACUCUGGAGAGGUUGGGGUCCCACUGUACUACGGGACGUGCCCUUCUCCGCCCUGUAUUGGUUUAACUAUGAACUUGUGAAGGCACAGCUGUGUGAGAGGUAUAGGGUCCCACAGACCUCUUUCACCAUCAGUUUUACUGCAGGGGCCAUCUCGGGAGCGAUAGCUGCAAUUCUGACCUUGCCGUUCGAUGUGGUGAAAACACACAGGCAAAUCCAGUUAGGAGAGAUGGAGACUCUCGGAGCAGGCUCUGUGAAUAAACCAUCCUCCACUUGGAACAUAAUGAGGAAUAUCUGGACUGACAUGGGGUACAGGGGAUUGUUUGCAGGUUUCCUCCCAAGAGUGAUUAAAGUUGCUCCCGCCUGUGCAGUCAUGAUCAGCACUUAUGAGUUUGGGAAGACCUUCUUUCAUGAGCGUAAUCUAAACCAGGCACAGUGUGGACUCUGAAGUGGUCAUGAGGACCUACUGUUUGUCAUUUUUUUUUCCCCUCCCAUAAGGACCACGCUCUGACGCUGCACCAACUGAAGCAACGCACUGAAAAUCCACAGCUGCAGCAGCCCUGAGAAAAAGAGACACACCUCCUUUUCAGUAUGGCUGUUCCACUACAGUAAACACUGAUGACUUUAGCCUAGCUUUUUCCGAGUCCCUUUUUUACUGAAAGAAACUCUAAUUGUUGGGUGAUAUACCCACCAGGAAUCAAAAGCUUCCAUUGCAUCUGGGACCUAAGCCCUCAGUUGUGAACCAGUGACAAUACACAAUAUACACCAAUACCCUGUGAUGCCUUAAAUAGAAUUUUACGAAAGCAUGCUGGCAUAAAAAACUUCCUCACGAUACCCCACCUAUUGAAAUGGCUGCCAGUUGGACUUGGCAUCCAGCUUGCUGUACCUGCAGUACAUGACUUUUUCACGUUCAUUAAAGACACUGUGAUGCCCUCUACUGUUCAUGUUAAAGAACCUCACACAGAAUGGAUAAACCACUCAUUGUUAGAUUUUGUUCUUUGUUUUCAGUGGGACAAUCCCAUUUUGUUAUCUAUUUUUCUUAAAAGUAAUAAGUCAGAUUCAAGUCUGAAACCACUAGACUUGUCCUUUGUGGACCAAAACAUCUGUGACACUGUUGGUUUAAUUUCAUUCCUUGAAAAUGGAAUGCACCCUUUUUGUUUAGUUUUUUAGACCAGAUGAUUUCUAGUGUGGGUUGAUCCCUGGUCUUGUUCUGUGAGUGUGAACUACACCAAUUCACUUCAUUUAUUUCAAAUAUGAACAAUAAACAUAAGUAAACAUACUGCUGACUUGAAAUUAUUACACUGUGCUCAAUGUACCGAAAAGCUUAUAUUUAAGAAAAGCAUCACUUUCCAUACAUGAAUCAUACUGCAUAACUGAAAGUUACUGAUUGCAUUUCAGAGUGAAUGUGAAAAUGUAUCUUAAAAAAACAAUGAAAACAAAACAGACCUAUGAUUGCUUAUGAAAUAUGAUCAGGAUGCUUUACUCUUAAAUGUAAGAGUACCAUUCAAGCAAAAAUGAAAAAAUGAAUUUUUUUUUAAGGAUUAUGUUUGUCUGAUAAUUUUAAUUAAUAUAUUCUCUAAUAUUUUGUUAUUGCACACUUCUGUAAAGAAUAAAAGUUUCAAAAUAUCAA